UAACAAUAAGAUAUUGAAAAGAUCAAAGCAAAUAAAUUCGACAGUAAUCUGAGAUUCGGCAAUAUAUUUAAGACGGGUUAUGUUCACGAAAAUUGUGUUUGGUAAAGACUGUCACUAUAUGUAGUGAACCAGUCUUCGGCUUAUACCCACUGAAGAGUAUUCAGGGCAGAUAUUUGAGUAAUGACUUAAUUCUGGAACGGUUGCGAAGAAAAACAAAUAUUGCGAUAAUAUUAAGUGCGAUUCGCUACACAAUUAUGAUGUCAUUGAUAUAAUUUUUCCUGAGAUCGCAUUAAAUGACCAUCAUAGAAACCGUUUUUCUCGUUAUUUUGGAAAUGUAACGAUAUCAAAGGAAAUUGAAAUCUUAUCCCAACAAGCGUGAUAAACCCUUCCAGUCUUCCAUUAAGAUCGUUAGCGCCGGAAGCCGCAUUUAGUGGGUGCGUAUGGCAAGAUGAGUAAUAUCGAAUUCAAGUCAAGAUUCAAGAUAGUGUUGGAGUACACGAUGAAAGUACAAUUGUGUUUGAGGAAAAAUUAAAUACUUAUUUCAAGACCGCCGUUGGAUAGAUGGAGAUGGUAUCGCAACUUGUUAAUUGAUAAAAUAAAUAAUAUGAACAUUGUUCUGUGAAAGAUGACAAAAAGAACAACGUGCAAAUUAUAUUAUUAUUAACUAAGUGCUUGCAGUAACAGUGACAAAUAAGCGUACGUUCAUAGUGGAUAACCUACAUAAGGUUUAAAUGCCAUUAAGAUAUAUAUUUAUUUUUCCAUUGUGUGUUAACGCUAAUGAAGACAAGACCAUAAAUUAUUGACAUUCGCGUGUAUGUAGAUCUGCGUUUCAAGUGUCGAGGAGAGAAGAUACAAUUAUAGUAUAAUAGUACGAAGGCUCACGUGAGCGCUUUUCCUAUGCUGAAUCGUUACCAUUCACACUAACAAGCAAAAGUAAUAUUACGUUCAACUACCAGCUACGUUGGAAUAAAAGAUUGUGUUGAGUCAAGUUGUCCUAGAAGAUGAUAUUCAUUCCGCUUACAAUUACAAUUCUGGGAUUUUUCAGACCUGUGGAUAUGGCAUAUCGAGGUCGCACCACAGUGGCUGAUACGCAUGAAGCCUUACUGACCUCGUUGCUAGGCAGCUACGAAAAGCGGGUUGUGCCCCAAAUAAACGAUACGCAUCCGGUUGACCUUUCCCUUGGCAUCAGGCUGCUGGGACUUAUCGAUCUGUUCGAGCACGAGGAAAUCAUGGAGACUUUCAUGUACCUGGAUCAGAUGUGGUACGACUACAGACUGGAGUGGGACCCCUCGAAGAACCAGCGCGUACACGUAAUACACAUUCCAGUGGACGACCUGUGGCGACCGGAUAUGACCGUUUAUAACAAUGCUGAUGUAGAUAUGGUGUCGAUGAACACGCUGGCGAUAGUCUUCAGUAACGGUCAGGUGUACUACGCUCCGAAAACGAGGAUCCGUUCCCGAUGUGAUAUGGACCUCACCAAGUUUCCCUUCGAUACGCAGCAAUGCGUCAUCAAACUCGGCUCCUUUACAUUUAGUGGUCAGGUCGUGAAUCUUACGUUACUGCCUGUCAACAUGACUUUCACGGACGAGUAUAUGUCUCACAAAGAGUGGUCACUAGAGGAAGUGACGUCAGAACUUUCUAUCACGACUUACGCAUGCUGUCCAGAAAAGUAUCAGCACGCGCUGUUCAAAUUUCGUUUUAAGCGCAACACGGUGUACUACAUGCAGGUGUUUUUACUUCCCGGUGUCAUACUAGCCCUACUCGUGCCAUUUCAGUUCUUGCUGCCACCGGAUUCAAAAGAAAGGCUAACAUUAGGGUCUUGCCUAUUGUUGGGAUGCAUAUUAAUGAUUACCCUAAUACAGAGUUACCUGCCGGAUGCACACCCGACACUUCCAUACUUAGUGCAAUACUAUGGCGUGACAUUGAUAUGGGUUUCUAUUUCUAUCAUAUGUACCAUUGGUGUUGUAAACACACAAAGCCGGGGACGCCGGACAAGGAAAGUUCCAGAACUUGUGAAAAAGAUUUUCUUGAAGACGCUCAAGAAGCUGGUAUGCCUCGGAGACGACGCCUACUACCCGCUUGAGGAGUCAGAGGCGGUCUCGCUACGCAGCCUCGAGAAACAGUCCGUCGUCACACAUGCCGACAGCCCAAGAAACGCCGAGGAAACAAAGAUGGAACGAGACAUGGACGAGAUCCUGCGGCACGUGACCACGCUCGUCAUGCGCACAGCGGUGACUGACUCGCAUUGCGACGCGCAUGCGCAGUGGUACCAAGUGGCCAUGGUGCUCGAUCGCGUUAUGUGUAUCUUCUUCACGGCUAUAUUCGUGAUAUAUACAUGCGCUAUUUUGGGAUAGAUAUUGUUUUACACGUAUGUUGUACAGUUCUCUUCAUUUUCUAUGUUCUUGUUAAGGUUGAUUUGUUUGUGUAGUUUUAAAAUGUUCAAAUUCAAUAUCGAAUAUUUCAACUGCUUUUUGUAUGGUGUCUUUAUAUGUUAAGUAAGCUGUUAUGCUUCGUUUUGAACUGUGAAACAUAGUUAUGGUAAUAUUAUAGAUCUAGUUAAAUAUUUCACAUUACAUCGUUUCGAACGUGUUCAAGAGUAAUAUAACGUGCGAUCAUUUCAUUUCAAAAAUAAAUCCUCAACAUGAGAUUGAAAUACAUUAAUGACAUAUUUAGCAUAAUAUUUAAUAUAUUCUUGUCCUAUACUAUACAGUUGAUAAAAUUCAUUUUGCAGAUACGUGUAGUUAUUAAUUGUAAAGGCAACGCUUUAAUUAACUUUUGCAUUAAAUACGUAUAGAAAAAUUGUUAUGAAUACAGAAUUAAUGCUUGCUAUUAAAACUAAACGUAUUAAAUACAUAAUGUCAUUUGCUUUUCUCGAAAGCAACAUAUGACCUGCCUUCCAGCACAUCUGGAAGAAUUUUCUAUCCUUAAAAAAAAUGAGAGAAUAGUUACCGUUAUGUGUAAAUGUACAUAAUAUCAUAAAGUAGUUUCAAGUAUGGUUCCGCAAGGGAAGGAAAUAAUGGGCAACAAUAACUUACUUUCUUUAUGUUCUAUUCUUUGAUGUUUUGCGUCAAUAAUAAUAAGUUCCAUUCUGAUAUACUUACAAUGCAAAAUUCUCUGGAACGUGCUCUAUCGUAAUGUACUGAACGCACGGAAUGAAAUCUUCAUUGGCGUCAAAGCAUCUACAUUAUUCUAAACGCAUAAAGAACGUAACCCGAUAAAGUAAAAUUUAAUCUUAUUUCAUUCAAGCCAAAUGCAAUUACAAUUUGGUAAUAUGUAUGUAUUCAAAAUUGUCAUUUAAUACAAAAUUGAGUUUUUUACAAAAACGCUGCGUCCAUCAAUUUAAUUUGAAAUCAGUUUCCGGCCCAGCCAAAACGCAGCGACGAAUCCGGCGACCCCAAUAACGCUGUAAGACAUUAGUCUGCAUCUCUUGCACCCACUUGUGGUGUUGUCGUGUCUUGGAGUAACCUGCAUAUAUGUAAGACACGUGGAGAAUCUUUAUAACAUUAAAUAAAGAGUCUGCAACUUAAUCAGCAGAAACAACGGUGGGUCAUUCUGCAACUUCACUAACUGUUAACUGAACUAGCUGUAACCAAGGUAUGUCAUCCUGCAACUGAACUAGCUGUAAACAAUAUGUCAUCCUGGAACCGAACAAGCUGUAACCAAUGUGCAUUUUGUGUUUGUCAUUCGAAGAAUUUGUUUGAUGAGAAAAUUGUGCGUGAAUUUCAUAUACAUAUUAUCUGCAAAUGUUAAAUUGUAAUUUAAAUAUGCGCCCUGACACAAUAAAAUAAUUAUAUUCAA